UCCACCAAAACAAAUGUCACGGGGGCGACAGUCCAAAUAUCGACCGUGACAAACUUUUAGAAGCAUAGAACAGCGCGGAGACAUUAGUUGUUUGAGGAUGAACACCGCACUGAAGCACUGGAGGGAGGCGGCCACUUUAAUUUUGGCGGCGGGACACAGGCUGGGGGACGGUUUACCGGGGAGGACCGCGCCGCUGGUCAGCGGCCGCGGAGGGCUCCGGCCGCCCCGCCACCGCCGCUUCGACUACGACGUCCUGAUGCUCCAACGCAGCGGCAAAAGCGGAUUUAUGCCCAACGCUUACGUGUUCCCCGGCGGGGUGGUGGACUGCUCGGACUUUUCCAGUGACUGGCUCGAGGUGUUCAAGCCUUUCGUCGACUCGCCAAACUUUGGUUUGAGACAUGUCGAGCAGCCCAUUGAGAGCAGACCUCCGAUAUUCGCCACAGACCGCCUCAAACUGGGCUCCGCUGUACCGGGAGAGGUCGCCCUCCGGAUCUGCGCCCUGAGGGAGACGUUCGAGGAGUCCGGCGUGUUGUUGGUGGUGUCCAAAAGGGAGAAAGGGUUGUUAAAAAGCUUCGAGGAAACCUGGGGGGGUCAGCAUUACACAGAGGACGAGCUGAGCGGCGCCGAGCUGACCAAGUGGAGGGCUCUGGUCAACCAGAACCCCUCCAACUUUGUCCAGAUGUGCAGGGAACUGGAGGUGCUGCCAAACAUCUGGGCUUUACACGAGUGGGCUAAUUGGCUGACGCCGAUUAAAAAGUACGGAGCGACGAGGUUCGACACGGCGUUUUUCAUGUGCUGCUUACAGGACAUCCCGCACACCCUGCAGGAUGAGAGGGAAAUCGAAGGCUUUCAGUGGUCCACGCCAUCAGAAAUCCUGCGGAGCUACCAGGACCGGCAGCUGUGGAUCGCCCCCCCACAGUUCUACGAGCUCAGCCGCAUGUGUCGCUUCACCUCGCUGACGGACCUCCACAGAUUCACUCACCAGCGGGCCACAGAGGGCUGCGAGCAGUUCACGCCUGUGGUCGUCUUCAAAGAUGAGCAAUACGUAUCACUGCUGCCAGGUGACAAACAAUAUCCAAAGGACAAUUCCGAGCAGACGGGGGCUGAGAAGAACCCGGACACUGAUUCUGCUCUGCACCGCAUAUUGAUUUCAGAUCCCUACACCACUACACUGCAGAUCACCAUCACGCCCAAAUACAACCACCUGCUCCCUGUUGAGGAGCCGGGUUUGUCACAUGACGUGAAUGGUCAACUUUGACCUUUGACCCUGUAACCUCUCACCCUCCCAGUGGAGAAGCCUUAACAGAUUGUCGUGAGAACUCAAUAAACAAAUCAUUUGUCAUUAUGUAGUUUCUUAGAAGUGGGUGACACCUGUUCAGAUUCUAAACGGCCGGAUCAUUUUCUCUUAUUUAAAAAAAAGACUAUUUAUGGAAGCUCACCAGUUAUAGAACUGAGAUGAUCACUGGAAGGUGUCGCUAUCUCCAGGUCUGUGUGCAUUAAACUUUACUUAUUGUUGAUAUUUUGGUGCUUUAAUCUUUCUUAGUAAGGGGAUUCUGAGAUGUUGGAUUGCUCUUUUAUUCCAUAUAAUUUGAAAACAACUGCUAGAUUAGAUUCUGCACUACAAAGAGCACCAAAAUAUUUAAAAAUACUAAGGGAGGACUCCCACGGCUGAAAGGUGCUUUCGGUGCAUUUUAACGUUUUCUUCUUUUUGGAGACUUUUUUUUUUUUUUUUUUUAAAUGAACGUAAAUCGAUACAAACUGCCAUGUGCUGAAAAUAACUUUAUUAUUGUGUUCC